GCCGACUCUUCUGGAAAAAGGUAAUUGAGAAUGGAUCCUCAGCAAUGCUAGGUCUACAAUGGGAAGUGUCACACUUCGCUAUUUCUGCUAUGGGUGCCUUUUCACAUCCGUGACCUGGACGCUUCUGCUCUUCAUUUAUUUUAACUUCAGUGAAGAGAACCAAUCCUUCAAGAAUGUGCCCGUCAAGGGGCUGGAACCUCAGAGGCCACUUCCAAAAAAAUUCUACCCCCGUUUUACACGGGGGCCUGUUCAUAUACCUGAACUGCAACAGAAAGAGAGUAAGAUAGGAAAUCCUCUUGGAAAUCAUGUCCAGGACCCAGUUAAGGGGGAGGUAGAAUUCUCCCCUGAAAUGGGAAUGAUUUUUAAUGAAGAAGAUCAGGAAGUGAGAGACUUGGGCUAUCAGAAGCAUGCUUUCAAUAUGCUUAUCAGUAAUCGGCUGGGAUACCACAGGGAGGUGCCUGAUACAAGAGAUGCAAAAUGUAGAGAGAAGUCCUACCCUUCUGAUCUGCCGUCUGCUAGUGUUGUUAUCUGUUUCUACAAUGAAGCGCUUUCUGCCCUGCUUCGCACAGUACACAGUGUCCUGGAUCGCACUCCUGCACACCUUCUUCAUGAAAUUAUUUUGGUGGAUGACAACAGUGAAUUGGCUGACUUGAAGAAAGACUUGGGUGAAUAUGUUAAAACUCAGCUUCCAAAAACCACAAAAUUGGUAAGAAAUGAAAAGCGGGAAGGCUUGAUUCGAGGAAGGAUGAUUGGAGCCUCUCAUGCCACAGGUGAAAGUUUAAUUGCAUUGAUCUUUGGCUGUUAUAUUAAUCUAUUGUGGUUGCAACCGCUGCUGACUCCCAUCAGUGAAGAUCGCAGGACUGUGGUGUGCCCUGUGAUCGACAUAAUCAGUGCUGACACGCUUACCUACAGCUCUUCCCCAGUUGUGCGUGGAGGGUUUAACUGGGGCCUGCACUUUAAGUGGGAUCUUGUUCCUUUGUCAGAACUGGAAGGACCCGAGGGAGCCACUGCUCCAAUCAAGUCACCUACUAUGGCUGGAGGCCUGUUUGCCAUGGAUCGUGAGUACUUCAAUGAACUUGGACAAUAUGAUAGUGGCAUGGACAUCUGGGGAGGAGAAAAUCUGGAAAUCUCCUUUCGGAUCUGGAUGUGUGGUGGUAGACUUCUGAUCAUCCCCUGCUCCAGGGUGGGACACAUUUUCCGUAAAAGGCGUCCCUAUGGCUCACCAGGGGGACAGGACACGAUGGCUCAUAACUCACUGAGGCUGGCACAUGUGUGGAUGGAUGAGUAUAAGGAGCAGUAUUUUGCUUUGAGACCUGAGCUAAGGAUGAGGAACUAUGGAAAUAUUACCGACCGUGUAGAAUUGAGAAAAAGAUUGAACUGCAAGUCAUUUAAGUGGUAUUUAGAUAAUAUCUAUCCUGAGAUGCAAAUAUCUGGGCCCAAUGCCAAAGCUCCACAGCCAGUUUUUAUUAAUAGAGCACAAAAACGACCGAAAAUAAUUCAGCGUGGAAGGUUAUAUCACCUUCAAACCAACAAAUGCCUGGUUGCCCAGGGACACCCAAGUCAGAAAGGAGGCCUGGUAGUGGUUCGGGAGUGUGACUACAAUGAUCAAAACCAGGUCUGGAUUUACAAUGAAGAUCACGAGCUGAUUUUAAAUAAUCUCCUUUGCUUGGAUGUUUCGGAAACUCGCUCAUCCGAUCCACCUCGUCUCAUGAAAUGCCAUGGGUCUGGCGGCUCACAGCAGUGGACAUUUGGGAAAAACAACCGCCUCUACCAGGUCUCCGUGGGGCAGUGCAUGAAGGUGGUAGACCCACUUAGCCACAAAGGGUACGUGACCAUGGCCAUCUGCGAUGGGUCCCUUCCUCAGCAGUGGCAUUUUGAGAGCUGAGACAGCGAGGAUGCAGCCGAGAAGCAUUAAGCCAAGACCCCCUUCCCCUUCAGCCAUGAUUUUCAGUCAUUCUGGAGGGCUUUGUGAGGAGCCCUCAGCUGCUACGCCUGGCACAACCAUUGCGAGGACCCUUCAGAAACACCCUGCCACCAAGAGCUGUGCGCGUGAGAAGGUCCGGGUGGUCGCCGGCCCCUGGCCGGGUGCAGCAGCGAUAGCAGCAGCCCUGCUGCAGAACACCGCGUAGAAGUGCAAUUUAUCAGUGGUUCCUUGGAUUAUCCUGGAUUAUCGAACUGUUUUUAAGUAAGAGAAAUUAUUAGAGCAAUGUAAUUUAAAUUGUGAGAUUUUAGCUCUGUGGAUCCUUUAAAUGACAGUGACAGAAAGGAGUCCUCUUCAAGUAUUUCACGUGCAAGUAUCUCAUGAAUUUAUGGUUUUAGUAUCGUUUUACUGGCCAAAUUAUUUUACUUUUUCUGGAAAAUAUUUUUAUUCCCUUUUUUCUUCUGAAAAUUGUCAUUUGUAAUAUUUAAAUUUAGCUCUCUUAAUUUACAAUUUUAGGACAUUUCAUGUAGUUUAAAUUCUUAGCUGUCAUUCGUCACCUCAUAUUUAAAACAAAGUAACUAUUACAAAGUCUAUUUUGAUGACUCGUGACAGUAGCUGCAUUUAAAAUAAAGUACCAUUUUUUUAUUAAUCUGUAUGGCCUUGCUCUUUGUAGCUCUUGGACCAGAAAGCACCAAAUAAGAGACUGAUGCGAACCAAUGUUCACAUAAUUUGGGUCUUCCCUUGUUUCACUCCCUUUUCUUCAUAGCCAGCUCUUUC